AUGUCUGACUUGGAUUUAGAUGAGGACGUCCAGGACGCGAGGGACCUUUUGACAGAAUAUUUUGAGAGUGAAAAGCCGAGACGAUUCAAGUUUGAAAAGGUUAUCGGGGUUGGAGCCUACGGUAUAGCAUGGAGACUGAUAUAUAGGCCGAGGACUUCUAGCGGGGGGGUAGGCAAGGCACAGCGCCUUGUCAUGAAGAUGGACCGCACCCAUGCAACUAGUGGCCUAGGAGAGGACGGAGGCGCCGGUCAAAUUUCAGAUGAGGGCAGGUAUCUUUCGAUUUUGCAAUGGGCUAAGCACAUCGUCAAACUCAUACAACCACCAAAUGACCCUCUUAGUCGACAAGUUGAGGGCCUCCAGCCCCACGGAAUCAGGCAGGGGGAAUGGAUCUACAUCGAGUGGCUAGAAAAUGGAACCAUUGGUUCGUUUCUCGAUAGGGCUUAUGAGAAAGAUCGACAGCUCCCGAAUAGGAUGUUAUGGAGGUUCUUCUUGUGCUUAAUCCGUAUAGGAAUCGCCAUGGCAUGGCCACCCGCCGGGCCUGGGAGUGACGGCGAGCCGCAACUGGAAACUAUCGGACCAGGGCCAGGUAGGAAAAUAGUGCACGACGAUUUGCAUGACGAGAACGUCAUGUUUGGCUCUUUCGAACCGGACAGUGAUGAUGAACACGACUUAACUCCGAUUAUAAAGGCGAUCGACUUUGGACUUACGAAAGAAUUUCCGGCUAACCGCCAUGAUUUUCGGCACAAGGGAGAGGCUGAUAACGUUUUUGAUUUCGGAGUCCUCAUGUCCGGGCUGGCAACACUUGACCGCAGCAGCGCACUCGGCCUUAUGCCGAGAAGGACAGGCUCGGAAUUCUAUUAUCCGGGAGGCGACGAGAUGCCAAUCAUGGUCGCAGCGAAAUUUAUGAUUCCGGAUACAGAACCAAACACUACUCUAGAUCCCGAGUUGCGCUAUUUGAUAAUGGCUUGCACCGCAGUCAGACCUGAUGACAGACCGACACUGGCAGAUUUGGUGGACCGAGUUACGAACGUGAUCAAGGAGCGAGAUGAGGAGUGGUACAUAUCGCAAAACAUGAACGACAGGGAUGAAAGCGACGACAAUAUUGAAGAUAUUAUUCAAGAGUUGAUAUUGGAUGCUUAA